AUGGACCAUGAAUACGAUGACGAAGCUCCUCCGCCCUACUCUGCCAUCGACCCUUUGCAGCAAGCUUCCAGUAAUGACAAUAUCACUCCUGCUGCUGCGGACGAGAAGACUUCCUUCUCCGCUGUUCGCUUGAAUGACAGUGACACACCAGCUUCGUCUAUUACACCACCUGCCCCCACGGCUGCUUCACCGUCGCCGCAACCAGAAAGUUCAUCAGCGCGACAGCCCGCCCAUUUCGCAUCGGCAACGGGCUAUUUUGCUGAGCGCGGCCAGUCACAGUCGCCCUCAGGCGACGAAAAGCGCGAUACCUUGGUUCACCAUUUAACUAUAUACGCUCGUAGUCAAGGGAAGGAUUUCCCCCGAAGACCACGCUGCUGGAACACCCGAGCGGCCGACAUCAACCAACAUGAUUGGGAUACAUUUCUCAAUUUUGCAUUCCCAGCCCAUCUCGGUCCGGCAGCGUCCUCAACGCGUCUUCAUCGACGGGUUCGAGCAGAGAUCGAGCGAGAUCGAAAGGAUCGCCCGCAAGAGACGGACGAUGAGCGAUGUGCUCGUCUUGAUGCCGUCAUUAAUGAAUGGAAUGAGUAUUUUUUCAAUCCUCGCGGAACCUACAUUACAUGGGUGUAUAUCGCCGAUUUGGAAACUGGCCCAGUCUCGCCGCUGUGUCCGAACUGCUACCCUCAAGCUACAGAGGCUAGUCAAAGCCGUCUGACUCCGGUUCGCACUCCGUCUUUUGACGCGCCGAUCCCGGUGUCUACAGAAUUUCCUCCAUAUACAAUCCCGCGGAGACCUGUGCCGCUUGCUAAGAGUCCUACGGCAUUUGUGCAACAGAAUCGACAUUCAGCUGUCGCAGUUUCCCCUACGUCUGCAGCGGGUAUAACUGUCAGCCCAGGGCCUGGACACGCUAACCAAGUAUCCAUAGCCAAGGCUUAUCCCUACAGCCCUUAUCAAUCGAUGAAUUCAUGGGCAUCCAAUCCAAUCAGCUGGGCCAAUCAAAUGAGUAUGCGAGCUCAGCAAUAUGCAGAGAAAAUAAGCGCCCAGGCACAGGAGUAUGGUAGAUCAAUCGAAGAAAGCGCACUGCAGCGCUCGAGGCAAAUAGAACAGUAUAGCAAACGAUUGGAAAACAACGCCCUGGCACAUGGAAGAAGAAUUGAAGAAGCAGCACUAUAUCAAGGUCGAAAAAUCGAGCAAGCGGGGGAUCGUCUAAGCCAUUGGGCUACCGGAAUGACUCGGAAUUCUUCGUCAUCACAGUCGCCGCGUGAACAGACAGAUGACUGGGAUUCUCGAUCAGUCAACCACGUAAACUUGCAACAGCCUUCUGCUCGUCGAUCGUCCACGGCUUCCAAUGCAUCAUCGAUUGGCUCGAAUGACUCGCUUUCAUCAAUCGACACCAUCUCCACCACAGCUGAACUGGAGCCUGAUGAUCUUGCCGCAGUGCGCGCACAGCUAAUCUCCCUAGAUGAUUACCAUCAUCACGAACUCCACAGUGCUGCAGUUGGCCUGCGCGGUCAUCUCCGGGUUUUACAGCAAACACGUCGUGAUUCUCGGUUUCUCUUACCACGGAUAGGCACGUCGAUCCCGCAAAGAGGCUCUUGGGGGCGGUGGGAUUCGCCGCAGGAUGAAAAGCAGCGGGAAGAGCGGCGUGUAGCAAUCAGAGAAGAAGCCAAACUUCUACGACAGACGUUCCGUGAAACAGACCGCCGCGCGAAGCGAGAACUUCGUGACUUGCAAAGGAUUAGACGGGCUAGAAAACUGCAACGACAGCAA